CCAUUGCAGCUGCCAAGUGCGACGUGUGGGGAGCAAGCGCAACCUGAGGUGGACGCGCCCUCGCCAACAACGAGCAAGCACGCUUGCAUGUUCGCUAUCGAGCAACUCCCCCCUCAUUCAUUGCACCUUCUAUACUGCGCCACCGAGCUCGCCAUCCCUGUGCAGCUCACUGCAUCUCGCCGUUGACCCACUAUCUCUUUCUAUCGCGAACCUCCUUCCUACUCCCCAUCUCCCCAACUCCACACGGCGCGAAACACCGCAGCCAUGGCCGGCCGCCGUCUGCGAUCGCGCGCAGCUCUAACAGCUCCCAGCGCUGCCCCCACCGCCUCCUCCACUCGUCCGCGGCGCGGCACUACCAAUCAACCCCCCUCCGCCGUCAUCGAGCGCUCUUCCCCUGAAGACACGCGUCAGUCCAUCCACCUCACCGUGAAGGCCUCGCCGAGUAAGCUCCGGAAGGCGACAGGCGGAAGGGUCCCCAAUACCGCCGUGAGCUCGCGGAAUAUUGUGUCUGGAAAGCGGGCCUCGCGCAGCAGUCGAACAAUACAGGAGGUGGACAGCGACGACGAGGACGAGGAAGAAGAAGAGGAGGACGAGGAAGAGGAAGAGGAAGAGGACGAGGAAGAGGAGGUAGAAGAGCCUGAGCCUAUGGACGUGGACGAAGAGGAUGAAGACGAAGAUGCUGAAGGCGAGGAAGACGACGAUAUAGAUGCCGAAGGGGAGGAAGACGAAGAGAUGGAGGACAUAACUCCGGCUCCUCACAUUGUGGCCCUGACCAAUGACACUAUCCGCGUCCAGCCCAGCAUUAACGUGGUUGCACCAGAUGUCACUCCGGUGGGGACCAAAGAACUGGCCAUGGCAGAUGAAGACGACGAUGAAGAGCUUUCGUCGCUUGAAUCAGACGAGGAAGGCGACGAAGAGGAUGUCGAAGGGGAAGAUGAGGACGCCGAGGGCGAGGAAGAGGACAUUCCCGUCCAGAACGACGAAGAAGACGACGAUGAAGAGCUGGACAGUGAUGAAGAGACACCGCAAUCCAUGAGCCGAAGCCAUACCCCCGACCUAAGCAAGAUGACGAGGCGACAGCGGGCUAUGGUCAUCGAGGACAGCGAUGGAAGCUUGAUGGCUCUUUCGAAUGAGGCACAAAAGAAGAAGCACCUGACUGCUGAAGAGCACGCAAUGCGGCGAGCAGAAAUGGCUCGUCGUCGCAAGAAUCUCAGCGAGAAGCGCAACGAGGAGGAGAAGAUGGACACCAUCAACCGUUUGCUUAAGAAACAACCUCCAAAACGCGGACGACGCAUUAUCCAAGACAUCACUGAAUCUGGCCUCGAAGAUGAGCUGGAUGUUGAAAAGGCAAACCCGCUCUAUGUCCGUUAUACACAGAACGCCAGCGGAAGUCUGAUGGCUUUCCCUGAUCAGUGGCUUCAAACCCCCGCUGCUAGGGAUCUCGCCGGAAAGCUCAAUCGCGCGCCAAGUCGGCCCUUCAGCGGACGGAUGGUCGAAGAGGUAUCUUGAUUCACUAAGGUUACGUUACGGUGUUGUUCGAGAAAUCGUAAUUGCUUUGCAUGUAUCGGCCCGGAGUUUGGUUAGCAUUUCCAUUUAGAUCUUGGCAUCGGAACAAUUCAGGAAUGCUCGAACAGAUAAAAAGCAAUAGAAGGCUAGAAAACUCUUCGCCAAAAUUCAUGGCCGCCAAAGCUUGGUCUUCGCCUCAGGAAAGCAGUCAACCCAAU